CCUAAACGAGAUGGCUUCCUCCACGCCUUACCUCGUCCUGCUCUUAUGCCUCGCCAGCCUCCUGCAGCAGGCAUCGCUGAUCGCGGCGAACCCGCCGCACGAGCCGCCGCCGGAUGAUUCGAGGGAAAAGUUCGCCAAGUGGGCGACCAAGUACGCCAAGACGUACCCGAGCCACGAGGAGGAGGAGAAGCGCUUCGGCAUCUUCAAGGACAACACCAACCAAAUCGGCGCAUUCAGAGCCCAGACCAGCACCACCGUCGUCGUCGGCGGGUUCGGGCCGCAGACCAUCACCACCGUCAGGGUCGGCAUGAACAGGUUCGGCGACCUACAGGCCGACGAGUUUGCCCAACAGUUCACCGGGUUUAACAGCACCGGCUUCCGUCCCGCCGAGCCCUCCUUCAUCCCCAAGCACACCUGGAAGCCGUGCUGCGUCGACUGGCGCUCCAGCGGCGCUGUCACCGGCGUCAAGUUUCAAGGCAGUUGCUUGUCGUGUUGGGCGUUCGCAUCGGUGGCGGCCAUCGAAGGCAUGAACAAGAUCAGGACCGGGGAGCUGGUGUCGCUGUCGGAGCAGGAGCUCGUCGACUGCGACUCCGGGAGCAGCGGCUGUGGAGGCGGCCGCGUAGACACCGCCCUGGCACUCGUGGCCGCCCGCGGCGGCAUCACGUCGGAGGCCGAUUACCCGUACAGCGGAUUCAAUGGCAAGUGCGACGUGGACAAGCUGCUCUUCGACCACGACGCGUCCGUCAAGGGCUUCAAGGCCGUGCCUAUCAACGACGAAUCUCAGCUCGAGCUGGCCGUUGCGCAGCAGCCCGUCACGGUGUACGUCGACGCCAGCACGUGGCAGUUCCAGUUCUACUCCGGCGGCAUCUUUCGGGGCCCCUGCUCCGGCGAUCCGGCCAAGGUCAACCAUGCGAUCACCAUCGUCGGCUACUGCGAGGAGUUCGGCGAGAAGUUCUGGCUCGCCAAGAACUCGUGGAGCAACGACUGGGGCGAACAGGGAUACAUCAAACUCGCCAAGGACGUGGCAUGGCCGACGGGAACCUGCGCCCUCGCCAGCUCGCCCUUCUAUCCGACUGCUUGACCGUCCAUGCCUGCACGCCUUGGGCUGCGCGGUUGCUUAUGCCAAGUAACAGUGCAUGUUGUUAUAUUUUCCAUAAAGUAUAUGGUGCAUUAUCGACCAUAUACACGGACGUAUUUCCUUUUGUGGCCCUGCAAAAUAAAAUUUUAACCACUGUUGUAU